AUGCGCGCGGAGCGCCUGCCGUUUCCUGAGGAAUGGAAUCCGCCGCUGGUGUCGCCUGCACUGGUGAGGUUCAAGCAGUCGUGGGAGGCGUUCAUCGACUCGCUGUUGCGCGAGUGGAAGACGCUGAAUGUCGUGUCCGCGCUGCUAUUGACCGCGAUCAUGACGAUGUUUCAGAUUCCGAGCGCGCUGAACGAUCCGUUGACGCGCACGGCGGCGUUGCUGUCGCUUGUGUGCGCGCUGAUGAGUUUGUCCUACGGAUGCAUCUACAUCGUGCGAUUCGGGACGAUGAGGAGCAUGUACAGGGCGUCUCGAUGGGCGGAGGAGGCGCAGAGCUCACGGACCUCGAUCUUGUGGAACGUGUGGGUAAUGCUCGCCGCACCCGCCGUGUGGCUCGCGUGGUCGAUGGUGACCUUCCUAGUGUCGAUCCUGUCAUUCGUAUGGCGCACGGGCGCGACGGACGACCCGGCGGAUAGCGACGCGGGCGCGCGCACGCUGGGGCCGCUCGAGGCGCUGGGCCCGCGCCUCGCGAUCACGGUGGUGCUGGUGCUCGGGCUGGUGUAUUUCAUGCUGAUCGUGAAAACGUUCCAGAAUUAUGGGGGGAGCGUGGGGCGCUCGCGGGGGCGGCGGUGGGCGCGCGGGUCGGUGGAGCGGGGGACGAGGAGGGAGGAGCGGGGCGGGGAGAGGGCGGGAGCUGUGGAGGGUGAGGGUGAGGGAGGGGACGAGGGCGCGCGGGGACGAAGUAAGGGGACGUGGCACGGGCGCCGAAGAGAGCGGAGGGAGAGGAGGGAGCAGUCGCGGUCCGGGCUGGGGUUGGGUCUGACGGGGAUGAGAGGCGAUCAGCGAGCGUCGCACGUGGCGGCGGCGGCAGCGAAGAAGAAGGGCUUGGGAGCGGAUGAGGAUGCGGCGGAGGAGGACGUUGUCGUCGUGGAGAAGGUGGGCGACGAGUCGGAGGAGAAGGAGAAGGGGAUGCGGAGCGCGUCGUUGUCGCCGCUCGGGUUCUGA